UCAUUCUCGUAUUAAGCCUUUAGGAAUAAAAACCGUUUUUUAUUCCGGUUCCCUGAUCUACAAUCAUUUUUCGCUUAUAAAUUCUUAGUUGGUGUUGAAAAAUUUCAAAAUUUAAGGCUGAGCAAAUAUGAAUUCGUCGAAAGCUUUGGUGAGCAGCAAGAUGGCUUCUUUUGGGUUCAGCAGCAUGGUAAAGAGCCGUGGGAUGAAGCAGGUCCGCCUGGAUGACAUCUUCUACAAGCCGGGUGGCACGCAAGAUCGUGGUUACCAGCGGACUUGGGGGAGGCAAACUGCCGAGCAGCCCGAAGAUGGCGAGCGCUUGGAUGACACAAGGUACAUUCCCGGGCGCUGGAAGGAACGUGAAUAUCAAGCAACCUGGCGGGAACCCGUUGCCGAGGAAGAGGAACCGCAGGAUAUCCCAAGGGACUCGCAUCGUCAGCAGGAGCGCCCAAGUCCCCCAGUUUCCCAGCGCCGCCUCGAUCCCAAGAGGCGACUCCAGAGGAUCGUCAUCCCCGCCAGCCAGUUCAUCUCCCAAUUCCUUUCCACCCAAUCGAGGAACAAGAAGCGCAACCUCGAGGCUGCCGCCGAUCGGAUGGCCUACGACGAAUAUCAAUUGGCCUGAAAUGUCAACCGUUAAAUUAUCGCCGACUUAAAUUCCCUUUGUUCGCAUUUUCACUUUUAAAUUUGGAUUUGGCAAACACAAAUCAAUAGUUCAAAAUAAAUUGUUCAAAUAGUUGUGCAUUGAA